AUGGCCAUUUCUGGGGAGGCUGCUCCUUCCCUCCAAAUGGCCGAAAAGGAGCGCACGGAGGCCCCUAAUAGGCCUUUUGAUGCCCAGUCCUCAGUCUUCGCGGCCGACCCUAAGGAGUCCUUUGUGAGAGCGACCGUGCAGAGUAGAGAAGGAGGGAAGCUGACAGCCAAGACCGAAGCUGGAGCUCAGAACACGGUAACUGUGAAAGAAGACCAGGUCUUCCCCGUGAACCCUCCCAAGUUUGACAAGAUCGAGGACAUGGCCAUGAUGACCCACCUGCACCAGCCAGCGGUGCUGUACAACCUCAAAGAGCGCUACGCGGCCUGGAUGAUCUACACCUACUCAGGCCUCUUCUGUGUCACCGUCAAGCCCUACAAAUGGCCGCCAGCGUACAACCCAGAGGUGGUGGCUGCCUACAGAGGCAAAAAGCGCCAGGAGGCCCCGCCCCACAUCUUCUCCACCUCUGACGACGCCCACCAGUUCAUGCUGACUGAUCGAGAGAAUCAGUCUAUCUUAAUCACCGGAGAAUCCGGGGCAGGGAAGACGGUGAACACGAAGCGUGUCAUCCAGUCCUUUGCAACAAUUGCAGUCACUGGGGAGAAGAGGAAGGACGAAACUGGCAACAUGCAGGGGACUCUGGAAGACCAGAUCAUCAGCGCCAACCCCCUGCUGGAGGCCUGUGGCAACGCCAAGACCAAUGACAACUCCUCUCGCUUUCGUACAUUCAUCAGGAUCCACUUCGGCAAGGGGAGACUGGCUUCUGCCGAUAUUGAAACAUAUCUUCUGGAGAAGUCUAGAGUCACCUUCCAGCUAAAGGCAUUAAGAGGCUACCCUAUUUUUUAUCAGAUCAUGUCUGACAAGAAGCCAGAACUAACUGAAACGCUCCUGAUCACCACCAACCCACGGGACUACGCCUUCGUCAGUCAAGGGGAGAUCACAGUCCCCAGCACGGAUGGCCGAGAAGAGCUGAUGGCCGCAGACCGAGCCACUGACGUCCUGGGCUUCUCUUCUGACGAAACAGUGUCCGCCUACAAGCUCACGGGGGCUGUGAUGCAUUAUGGGAACUUGAAAUUUCAGCAAAAGCAGCCUGAGGAGCAAGCAGAGCCAGAUGGCACCGAAGUUGCUGACAAGGCCGCCUCUCUCCAGGGUCUGAACUCUGCUGACCUGCUCCAAGCCCUCUGCUACCCCAGGGUCAAGGUCGGCAAUGAGUACGUCACCAAAGGCCAGACUGUGCAGCAGGUGUACGAUGCAGUGGGCGCCCUGGCCAGAGCCGUCUACGAGAAGCUGUUCCUGUGGACGGUCACCCGCAUCAACCAGCAGCUGGACACCAAGCAGCCCAGGCAGUACGGCGUCCUGGACAUCGCGGGCUUUGAGAUCUUUGAUUUCAACAGCCUGGAGCAGCUGUGCAUCAACUUCACCAACGAGAAACUGCAACAGUUUUUCAACCACCACGUGUUCGUGCUGGAGCAGGAGGAGUACAAGAAGGAGGGCAUCGAGUGGACGUUCAUCGACUUCGGCAUGGACCUGGCCGCCUGCAUUGAGCUCAUCGAGAAGCCUACGGGCAUCUUCUCCAUCCUGGAAGAGGAGUGCAUGUUCCCCAAGGCCACAGACACCUCCUUCAAGAACAAGCUGUUUAAGGAGGAGAGUUGA